CCUCAUAGAUCGCUCAAACCCAACUGCUGCCAUUAGGUCAAUGAGUGAGGUAGCUCGUGCUGUUGUCGAAAACAAGCUCUCUCUCAUAAUUUUUCCUGAGGGGACCAGGUCGAAGACUGGACGAUUGCUUGCUUUCAAAAAGGGUUUUGUCCACCUGGCAUUGCAAACCCGCCUCCCUAUAGUUCCUAUGGUCCUAACUGGUACUCAACGAGCAUGGGCAAAGGGCAGCAUGCAUGUUCGAGCUACACCCCUCGCUGUAAAGUAUCUCCCUCCUAUAAAAACUGAUGAAUGGGUGGCCGACAAGAUCGAUGACUAUGUAAAAUUGGUGCAUGACCUAUACAUUCAGCACCUCCCAGAGUCCCAGAGGCCUCUUGUGGCCCCUGAUCCUUGUAAUAAGUCGUGAGGGAAACACGUCUCUCUUGUAAAUACUCAGGCUAGAGAGUUGCUGUAUCAAGUACUACAGUACUAAAUGGCCUGUAUAUUCUUUUUCAGCUGGGAGAUAGGGGUGGCUUGUAGUCUGUGUGGUCAUGUUGUACUAUCUGAUCAGAUUGAAAUCUGAGCAACAUCAUUACAUGCUUUGUUUCAGAUGAACUUUUUUCUACCA